AUGGCAAAAGAGGGGAAAAUUAUCACCAUAAUAGGAGCCACGGGCCAACAAGGCGGUUCUGUCGCUCGAUCCUUACUACAGAAUCCCGAUUUCCAUGUUCGGUGCAUUACACGGGAUAGUUCUUCUGUCAAGGCGCAGCAAUUGAAAAAGCUGGGCGCUGAAAUUGUGGAAGGCGAUGGAAAUGACCCCAAUCUUAUGGCAACCGCCCUUCAUGGAAGUUGGGGUAUUUUCAUCAAUAACGGCUACAUGUUGACGCCCGCCGUCCAGCAGGGCAAAUAUGAGGAUGAUUUCGGAAAUAUAAUCCUACGGAGUGCCGCCGAGGCUAAGGUCCCUCAUGUCGUGUUCAGUUCACAACCCUCCGCGCAUGAUUUGUCUGGAGGCCAGUUCUGCACCCCAGUUCUUGAUGCUAAAGCCUGGGGAGAGAAUUGGGGACGUGCUUGCCCGGCAUUUCAAACCUUUACCCCGAUCAUGGCAUCUUGGUACUUUCAGAACUUCUUCAUUCCAUCUUUCGUGGAAGAGUUUGGUGGAUUUCCAUGGAAUAAAGAUGCGGAAGGUUACUUGACGCUGCGCCUUCCACCUCUUGGUGGUAAUGAGGAGGUACCCUGGAUAUGUGUUGACGAGGAUUUUGGCGACCUUGUCCACGGCAUCUUCCUGAAUCCGGCACGAUGGAACAAGCGAACGGUGCAGGCAGUUGGAGAUAUACUGUCUUACGGGAUGCUGACUACUGUUUUCGCCGAUGGUAAGCCGAAACGCAAUCUGUUCGGAGGAAGGACUGACCCGAAUAUAGUGACCAAGCAAAAAGCACGAUAUAUCCCGUACAACAAUCCGGCAGACAUGCCUGCCGACCGGCCCUACCUCCAAGAAUCACGCCAGGUGUUUGCAUUUUACCACACGCGCGACGGUGAGCUCUUUGGCAACGGGAUUACAGAGAACACAACCGCAGGUACGCUCAAGAGGGCAGCAUUCCAGGCAAAGGGGCGGAAAGGGCGGGAAAUUUUGAUGUCGGCACGUGAAUGGUUCGAAAAGAAUUUUCUUGAAAGUACAGCUUUUGAGCGAGUCGGACGGUCGGGUCCCAUUGUCAGAGGGUCCACCGAUGAGUAG